UUUUUUUUUUUGUUCUUUAUCUUUUUUUUUUAAGUUAAAUGCAAUGGUUGAUGAUGAAGAACGACAACAUAUGCUUGACUAUGAAGAUGAACCAAACAUAGAAAGUGCACGACCCUUCUCUUCACGGACACAGCACGGACUGACACGUUCAGAAAUGAUUCAAGGAAUGGCCAACCGGUUAAUGUAUUCCAACUUUUAUAUAGCAUUAUAUUUGGGUUUAGGUCUGUUAAGUUUGGUAUCCAUUAUAUUGUCUAUUCAAGAAACCUGUCCUUCACUUAUGUUUAUUAUAUUUGAAGCUAUUAUCAACUUUGCUAUGAUUAUUGAAGUGACGAUACGAUUGCUGGCGCUUAGGAGGACUUACUGGCAAUCCGUUUGGAAUAUUAUUGAUAUCGUAUUGGUUCUUCUUUGUGCAAUCACAUUGAUAGUAUUGGCAACUGGAUGUUCAGCGAGUGAACGAAAUGAAGCUAUAUUUGAUACUGUUUUAUUGGUAAUUCGAAAUUGUUUCCAAUUCUUUCGUCUUUUUAUGAUGGCAAAGAAGAAUCAAUACUCUAUUCACGCCCGUACAACACGUAUCGAUUUCAAUCAUCUUCCUGACGAUCGAAAUGCAUCUUUGGAAUUCACACGAGAUCAACGAUUGGAACAAAGCUUUUUGGACGAUGAUUCAGACUUUGAACAGGAUCGUAUAUAGUUUUUUUUUUCCACUUCCAUUUUCAUUAGCUCUCUAGAUGAUUCCCUUUUUCGCACUGUUUUUAGUUUUUACUUUUCUAUUUUAAUAGAUAGAUUGGAUAUCCCCCUCUCUCUUCUUAUUUAUCAUUCAUUAUUUUGAAAAAAUAAAAUGUCCACUCAUUGUCAUAUAA